GAAAGCCAAGGCGGGAACCGGAAGUCGCGUAGCUUGCGCAUAUUGAAUAUUAGCAAUAUUCGCUAAUUGUAUGAUUCUGGUGUGUGUCUGUAUGUUGCGUAUUUUAAAAGAUGGCUUUAUUGUUUUAGAAUCCAGGUAGCCGUCCAGCAGGAGUGCGUUUAAAAAAGCUCUUACGAGUCGUGAGUUUUAUUGUGAAACGCGCUCUUCGCCGGAUGUUCGGUGUCCGCCGUUGAAAGUGUUUGACGCCGAUGUCCAACUACAACCUCGGUUGUGGCAGCCUUGAAGACGAGAAUUUAUAUAUCACCAGCGUACGGAACCGAGCAGGCGGACAAGACGCCGUGUCGCCGGUUGUUGUUAUCGCCUCAUCUACACGGUUAACGUAGUGAUGCGAUGUGAGGAACCCCGCGAGGCUUGGACAGCGCCGUUAAACCGGUCAAACCGACAGUGGACUUGCCAGCCGCAGAGACUUGACUGACUUCAGAUUAAUAAAAAAAAACAACACAACCCUGCGAUGUUUUUACAUCUCCCAGUGUCCUGAGAUCUGCACACUUCGACUGAAAGCAAUAGCACCUCUUGAGCUGCCGCUGGGAGUCACUGAUAUAUAGGCUUCAACUUCAGCAACCAGGCAUCAUGUCUUCCAGGGAGCGUCGGUCAGAUGUCUACAUAAAGGCGGAACCGAGCAGUCCAGAGGGCGGCGGGGGAGGUCGGACCAGCCCCGGCGGAGCCUCCUCAGACUCCUCUCAAAGCGGAGGUGGUGGAACCAGAGGGGACGGCGCUAAGCGUUACUCCCCGCCACUCUACACGCCAGCUCUGCGGUGCCAUUUCAAGGACGAGGGUGGCGACGGGGCCGAGGAGGGCUCCACUGGAAACGGAGCAGGGCGAUGCAAGUACGCCCUGAGCACGCUGCCCAAGAGGCUGUGUUUAGUCUGUGGGGACGUGGCUUCGGGUUACCACUACGGCGUGGCGUCGUGCGAGGCCUGCAAGGCGUUCUUCAAGAGAACCAUCCAAGGUAACAUCGAAUACAGCUGUCCAGCAUCGAACGAGUGUGAGAUCACCAAGAGGCGCAGAAAGGCUUGUCAGGCAUGCCGCUUCACCAAGUGCCUCAAAGUAGGCAUGCUGAAAGAGGGAGUCCGUCUUGACAGAGUCAGAGGUGGAAGGCAGAAGUACAAGAGGCGCCCAGAAGUGGAGAAUGCAACAUACCAGAGUGCCCCUCUACCGCUGACAAAGGAGAGUGAAAAAGGUUCCUCCAACAUCAUCGUGUCCCACCUUCUGGUGGCAGAGCCAGAGAAGUUAUUUGCCAUGCCCGACCCUCUGCAGCCCGACACAGCCCAGCGCACGCUCACCACCCUUUGUGACCUUGCUGACCGUGAGCUGGUCGUCAUCAUUGGCUGGGCCAAACACAUUCCUGGCUUCCUGUCACUGUCCCUAGCAGACCAGAUGUCCGUGCUGCAGUCAGUGUGGCUGGAGGUGCUGGUGCUGGGUGUAGCGUACCGCUCGCUCGGCUGCGAGGACGAGGUGGUGUUCGCCGAGGAUUUUGUCCUUGAUGAGGAAAUGUCACGUGUUGCUGGACUGACGGAGCUAAACGCAGCAAUUAGUCAACUCGCUCGCCGUUUCAGGGCGCUAAACGUGGACCGGGAGGAAUUUGUCAUGCUAAAAGCCAUCGCUCUCACUAAUUCAGACUCUGUUUACAUCGAGGACAUGGAGGCUGUGCAGAAGCUGCGGGACCUCCUCCACCAGGCCCUGCUGGAGCUGGAAUGUCAGCGGCGCCCAGACGAUCCCCAGCGGGCAGGACGUCUCCUUUUAACAUUGCCUCUCCUCCGACAGACUGCCGGUCGUGCUCUCACCACCUUCUACAGCAUCAAGACCCGUGGUGGUGUACCCAUGCACAAACUAUUCCUGGAGAUGCUGGAAGCCAUGAUGGACUCUCCCUAGAGCCGAUAGCAGCAGAAGUAAAGAGGACGCAGAGAAAGACCCAACAGAGACCUAGUCUUCAAGAGUGGAUGAGUGGUUUUGUGAGAAAGGAAAGAUUAUAUUAGAGAGUUAAUAAUGAGGAAAAUGGUCCUUUCCCCCUAAGCUACAUGGAGAAAGGAAAAGAAUAUGAGAAAUGGAAAACCUUGUAAUCAUGUCCCAAAGUGGGUCUUGGUUAUUUGAUAGUAAGAUGUAACUGCCAAACUUCUGUAAAAGGCUCCGAGAUCAGAGAGUGACAACGUAUAACAUAAAUGCCAGAAAACUUGUCAGUAUCAACUAUUUUCAUGGCGUGUUUCAUCACAGCAUCGAUCUGCAGUUGCACAACCGCUGAAGAACAUCAUUUAGGUUCCCAUGAACAGACUGCAACCAUGUGGCUUUUUGAACAUUUCAAAAAAUAAUGCAACAUCUUCUCAUGAAAGCCAUAACAACAUAUCCGGAGAAAGGCUUGAGGGUCCAGGACAGGGUCAGAUUGACAUGCACAUGGAGUGCUUUUAUUUACUAUAGUUUAGUGUGCCGUUGUAGGCAAAUUCAUAGGAAUUACUUGCAAUAUGUUAAAAGCAAUAUAACAACUCGAUUAUUGUCUGUCACAUUUAAAAUGUGGAUAAACUGGUGAGACGGCUGCUGUGUGUGUACAUCAGUAGUUCUCAGCUCUCAGGAGCCCAAGUGUUGACUUCUUUUUAAAUCUAACUUCUAGUAGAAAGGCUGGUGUGGGUCGGGGGGGAAAAGAAAACUCGAGCACUUCUGGGGUUAAAUAUGGGAGUUGGAAACCACUGGUGUACAUAGUCUGUGCAGGAUUCUUUAUAAAAGGUUGUGCAAUCGAUUUGUAGUCCAGGAGAAGUGCAUAUGAAGAUUGUGUGCUCGUGAAAUGCUCUACUUGGAGGGUAAUAUAUUCAGUGUUGUAUGUUAAUCCUGUUGGUACACACACACAAAAAAAAACUGGCUUCCAUACCAGCAAGUGUGUGCGUUCGUGUGCAGUCUGAACCAAUGAGCUACACUGAGAUCAGGGAAGAACACGACUCUUUGACAUUAAAGCCAGUGUGGCAACAAGAGCGGUUAGAAAAGAAAUGCAUAUGCCUCAUCUGCUUUUUUAUACUCGCCUCCUCCUCCUCCACUAGACCUAACCACUUCAGCAGCUGUGCUGUCCAGAAACAAUGGUCUGACCUCACGGACCUGUUUGAUUCGUGGACUAUAACGUCGGAACACUAACUCAUAUGAUUGAUGCGUGUAUGAUGAGAUUUUUGCUGCAUUUUUCUGCAGUGGUGGAGAACUAAGCAUAAAAAAAAAAAAAAGAUCUCGGUUGUUUCAAUGUGAGAUCCCUCCUUUGUGUACGUGCAUCUGUUGAACUAACUUUAAGUAGCCGUUUUGGGCUCUGGGCUGCAAGAAAUGCAACAUAUGCAACAUCUUCCUUUUGGGGUGUUGAAAACUUGUGUCCUGAAAGUCCGCCUCAUUGUUCAGCAGGUUUGUAUACUUAAUAUAGAAGUGAUCAUUGUAGGAAGCUUCACAUGCAAUGCAAGGCUACAGCAUCUGAUGGUGACGUCAGAUGAGUAAAUAUAAUAUUUAGUGGCCAAAGGGCCAUUGAUCUUUUAGCCAUGUACAGUUCCAUUUAAAUAAAACAGAAACAUGCAAUUUAUAGUGGAAGAUAAUAAAGCCAGCAAAUGUGAUAACAUUUUCCCCCGUUUUAAUUAUAUUUGUGCAGCUUACAGUGUUCUGAAAUUUGUAAAGACUUGAAACUUGCUUUUUCAUACAUUUUCCUUUCUAGGAUUUAAGGGUAUUUUAUUUACAUCCUGACACUGUUGUGGGUUUGGUAUUGAAUUGAAGCUUUCCAUUCAGGAUAUUAUGAAUACUAAUUGUUUUUGUUUUUUUUUUUAAUGUGAGCAGUGGUGUGUUUUCUGAAGCUGAUUGUCAUUUUUAGGGAUCAAUUUACUUGGCUCUAUAGAUUUUAGCAGUAUGGUGAGGCUACAGAGGGGCUACCUCAGGAGGCGGAGUAAGCCAGAUGGCCAAAUAACUGUGGAGACAAAUGUAAUUGUUGAUCUUUUGAUUUGUCAAUGUUGGGUUUUAUUGAAUGUCUUGCAGUUGCGCAAAACACCAGAGAUAAUUUCCUCCUUUUUGUUUUCACAACUUAUUUUUUUUUUCUCGGUGUUGACGGCUCACUUGAUCAUGCUUCAUAAGACGCUCCCCGUGGUACAAAGUGUCUCACACUGGAAGGGCUGGCCUGCAGUUGGCAUGGUUUCACACGAGCAACGGCGCAAAGUUUGCAAACUUUAGGUCCUUUUUACGCCGGUUCAAAUUGAAAACGGUUCGACUUUGGUGGUUCGUAGGUUGCAGCUUACAUGUUCCUGACAUCUUAAAAAAAAAAGAUUUUGUGGUCUCUGAUUCGUUGACUAACCUAAUUUCUCAGAUUGUAAUCCCAAAUCUGAAGAGAACAAAUAAAUAGAGAUGCCAGAGUCUACUUAGAGCUGUUAACGUUUCUUCAUAAUAACUUACACGAGGGUUGAUUUUUUUUUUUUUUUUUCAAUAGCAUACAAUAUGGUUUUAGGUACGCCGGGUUAGGUCGGAGCCAAGGUCAUCUGAUGUGUCACUGUUAAAAAUUAUACAGUCAUUUGUAGUUUUAUUAAAUAUGUGCGCAUUAAUAUAAAUGAGCAAUACAAUAAAUUACCAAACCUCACACAUUUCCUUGUAUAGCCACAGUGUACAUUUAACAUUGCCAGUUAUAAUGAAGAAUAGCAACUAAACGUUAUAUUAUUUAGAAGUUCAAAUCAAUGUUUGUAUUUUGAAAAGACUAUUUAAAUGAUUAAAUUCUAUUUUUUACUCAAUUUACUGUUGUUUGUUGACACUGCUUUAUUUUUGUGUGUGAUAUUGGCUGUGAAUUUCUGUGUGUAGGCUAUUUUUUUUUCUUGUUCUUUUUUUUUUCCGUUUUUGUUUCUUUUUAGAUAAAAGCAGUUUGAUGUCCUUGUCUAAAACAUGUCCACAUAAAAAUCACUGUGAAAAAGUGAGAUCUUCCACUGUCUGACGCAACAGGGAGUGGAUUACUGUAGGUGCUUCGUGUUGUGUAAUAAAUGGACACACCACCACCACCACA